UGAAGACGUGUCUGUAAUUUACGACUUCCUGUCACUUUUUCAACGGUACAGGAAGUCGUCAUCGUGUCAGAGACCAAGGAAAUGGAGAGGAACAGGGCCUUAUCGAUACAGUAGCAGACAACAUAUUUGUGCACAUAAAACGAUGUUAUGUUAAUUGACGUUUACAUGGUGGACUAAUGUAGAUUGUCGGAACCAAAUGGAGUCCCAUGAGGAAAAGCCUAUAAUCUACACCAUGGAAAACAAGCCGAUUGUGACGUGUGCUGGGGACCCGGCCCUGUUCGCGGCCCUGUACAGCGCCCUGGCACAGCAGCUUCCGCGUGAGCCCAUGGAGUGGAGGAGGUCCUAUGGAAGAGCACCAAAGAUGAUUCACUUGGAGGCUAAUUUUGUCCAGUUUAAGGAAGACCUGCUCCCCAAAGAGGGGAAUAAAGCUCUCUUGACCUUUCCCUUUCUUCACAUAUUCUGGACAGACUGCUGUGACACGGAGGUGUACAAGGCCUCGGUGAAGGAGGACAUGCUGCGCUGGCAGACAACGCUGAAGCACCACGGCUCCCAGGACUGGCUCAUUGUGGUGGUGGAGAGCGACGCCAAGAAGAAGAACAAGACCAACCUCCUGCCCCGUACCUCCAUCAUGGACAAGAUCCGCAACGACUUCUGCAACAAGCAGAGUGACCGGUGUGUGUCCCUGGCCGACCCGCUGAAGGAGUCGUCACGCUCACAGGAGUCAUGGAGCUCCUUCCUAACGAAGCUCCGCACGCUGCUGCUCAUGUCCUUCACCAAGAACCUUGGCCGCUUCGAGGACGACAUGCGCACCAUGCGGGAGAAGCGCACAGAGCCGGGAUGGAGCUUCUGCGACUACUUCAUGGUGCAGGAGGAACUGGCGUUUGUGUUUGAGAUGCUUCAGCAGUAUGAGGAUGCACUUGUUCAGUACGAUGAGCUGGACGCACUCUUCACACAGUAUGUGCUCAACUUCGGCGCUGGAGACGCGGCCAACUGGCUGGGCUCUUUCUGCCAGCCGGUGCGCAGCUGGAACGGCCUGGUGCUGCGGCGGCCCAUCGACAUGGAGAAGCGCGAGCUGAUCCAGCGCAGCGAGGCCAGCCUCCUGGACCUGCGCAGCUACCUGUUCUCACGCCAGUGCACGCUGCUCAUCUUCCUGCAGCGGCCCUGGGAGGUCACGCAGCGCGCUCUUGAGCUCCUGCACAACUGCGUCCAGGAGCUGCGCCUGCUGGAGGUGUCUGUACUCCAGGGGGCGCUAGACUGCUGGGUGUUCCUCAGCUGCCUGGAGGUGCUGCACCGCAUCGAGGGAUGCUGCGACCGCGCCCAACUUGAGGCCAACUGCUCACACACUGUGGGACUCUGGACCUACGCCACGGAGAAGUUGAAGUGUCUGGGUGACCUGUGUGGGUUGGUGUCGAAAAAUGGGCCUAACUCAGAGGACCUGAACCGGACAGUGGACCUGCUGGCUGGACUGGGUGCAGAGAGACCGGAGACGGCCAACAGCCUGCAGAGCCCCUAUAAAAAACUGAAGGAAGCCCUGUCGUCUGUGGAGACGUUUGAGAAACAUUACCUGGAGCUGUCUCACGCUGCUAUGGAGAUGUACACGGCGAUAGGCCGCAUGCGGUCGGCACGUCUGGUCGGGAAGAGUCUGGCAGAGUUCUACAUGAGGAAAGGGGACCCUCAGAGUGCAGACGGCUUUCUGCAGGACUCUCUGAAGUCGUACGUGGCUGAGGGCUGGUCCCUGCAGGUCACACACACGCGUCGGCAGGUGGCCGAGUGCCAGAAACUACUGGGGCAGACUGAGGACUAUCUCCAGACGUGCGCUCUGCUGGCGAGCGAUGCCAACUUGACAGAUGAGGAGCGCAAGCACUUCUGUCAGGAGAUCCUCAACCAUGCCAACCAGAGCAGCCAGACCGAGAGCCAGGGUGAGUCGGUAGAUCAGAAGGUGGCCCUCAGCAUGGCUGCCUUUGCUCAGCUGCGCGAACUGCGCUUCCAGCCAGCCUCCCCCACCGUGCACGUGGGCGCCGCCCUGCAGCUGGAGUUGCGCCUGUGCAGCCUGAUGCCCGUGGCCGUGCGCCUGGAGCAGCUGGCCGUCAGUGUCCACUUCAGCCUGGAGCAGCCCGGCCAGAGGGGGUCCUCCCUCUCCACGCCCCAGCGCCGCAUCCCGGCCCAGUGUGCCGCGCCCGGCGGUGUGAGCCCGGAGGGCGCGGUGCUGUUCCCGGCCAUCAGCCCCGCCGGAGGGGGGCCGUUAGGCGCAGGGAUGGGGGGGGCAGGAGCUGGGGCCCCCGCAGCCCUGGAGCUGUACGAGAUCCAGGACCGCAGUCCGUCGGACAACACGCUCAACACCACCGGCGUGGUGUGCAAGAACGUGCACCUGUUGCUGCGGCGACAAGACAGCGCCACCUCCCUGGACACGCCCAGCGCUGGUGGCAGUGGCGGCUCCGUGACUUCGGGGGGUGCCGCAGCUGUUGCCAUGGAGGACAGCUCCCAGAUGUUGAAGACUCGCGAUGUGACGCUGUUGCCUGGCAACAACAGCAUCCCUUUUACUGCUCCAAGCCAGAAGCCGGGCACGUAUACUCUGAGGCAGCUCUCUGCGAUGGUGGGGCAGGUGCAGUUUGUGCUGCCUCACAUCUACCCUACAGUGCAGUACGAGGUCUACUCCCAGGAGCCUCAGCUCACCAUCGAGCCCCUAACAGACAACCUGUUGGCAGGGCUCCCUCAGAAGGUCAAGUUCACCAUAGUAACAGGACACUACACAGUAAAGAAGGGUGAUGCCCUGCAGCUUAGCAACACAGACUCAAUGCCCAUCCUGCACACAAACUCGUGUACGGCAAGAAUCGUGUCCAGUACUGGAGAGCUGGUUGGAGAGAGCGCUCUAUCCAUUCAUUCCAGCGAGAAGGUGACCAGCAUUUCCCUGCCGCCCACCCUCCCCUACCACACGCUGGACUUCCAGCUGGACGUCCUGUGCCACAUCCCGGCGUCCCCGGCGCGCCUGGAGACCGAGCGCCUCACCAACGGCGAGGUCCGCCACAGGCCCAAGAGCCGCACACGCUACAACAGCGGCAUGGCCUCCGUGGACCAAAAGGUAUCCAUAGACUGCCCUUGGUCCAUAUACUCCACUCUCAUCUCCCUCACCUUCUACAUCCCCUUCAAGGCCAAGCAUUCUCUGCUGUCAGCAGGGAAGAGGAAGUACAUCCAGGUGUGCCUACAGAACGUGUCGGACACAAACUUCCGGCUAAUGGACCCUAGCCUAACGCAGCGGCAGCAGAAUUCCUCCUUGGAGCUGGAUUCCCUCAAUCCUAAAGAACAGCAGCUGGUGCACAGUAAGCAGAGUGUGUUCUGCUUGUGGGAGGUGAAGUGGGCCUCAGAGCCUCCCGCCUGUCUCCAGUUCAGUUUCGUUGCCAGCUUUGCCCCCACUGAGCCAGCCGACGCCGAGUUCAAGCCCUACUGCUACGACUUCCAACUGGAAAGGGUGUCUACUCUGUACUGUUUGAGAGCGGAGAUCCAGCCGGCGGACGGGGAACCGCAGUGCCGCACUGGAACCCUCUGCGGGCUGGACGUCUCGAUAACACGUCUGACGGAACCCACCGACUCGGAGCGGGACGACGAGGAGUCCACUGAGAGUGAAGGGCUGCGGACCACCAAGCUCAUGUAUGAGGUUGUGGACAACAGUAGCAACUGGGCGGUGUGUGGGAAGAGCACAGGCGUGGUGUCGAUGCCUGUGGUGGCCAGCGCCACCCACCGGGUGCUGAUGGAGGUGAUGCCCCUCUUUGCCGGGCACCUGCCCUUCCCCAGCAUCAAGCUCCUCAAGUACCUGCCCCACAACGUCACCCCUGUCAUCCCGCCCGACACAGACAGCUGCCUGGAGAAUGACAACCUCUCCCUGCUGGACAAGGGCCUGGAGGACCAGUCCGACACGGCCAGCCUGCGCAGCCGAGGAAGCAUCCACUCCUUGGGCAGCAGCGACCAGCCGCUGCCUCCGGCCUCCCGGGGCCUCCCCAUGCCCCGCCUGGAGCCCUUCAGCCCCGGCCAGGUGUUCAACUGCAGCCAAGGUCGACAGGUGCUGGUGCUCCCUGCCACCGACGAUCACAUCCUGGAGGUCAACGCCACAUGACCCUGGUGGGGUUCCUGAUCUCAGCCCCUGCUUCGUGUGCCCCUCUCCCCUGAUCUCAAGCCCCACUAGCCCCCAGGCCUGGGCAAACCCAGGAGGACCAUGUGUUCCAUACCACUCCCCGUUUUGUGUUCUUGGGAGGUACUGAUGAGGGGAGAAGGGUGUACCCGAGCUGGUCCCCCCCCCCCCCCUCCACUUUUUGUUUAAGUCUCCAUUUUCUCUGGACUGGCUGAUUUGGUGGGUUGUCUUGUUGUGCUCCUAGACAGAAAACAAACAAAUUCAAACUGUUGGGUCGGAGCCUGAGGAUUUAUCUGCCGUCUCAAGGUCAUCGCACUCUCCGAAAAGAGCCUUUCAGUUCUGCUUCUUUCUCUCUCUUUUUCUGUCUCUCUUUUUCUUUUGCCCUCUUUUUCUCUCUCCUUUCUUGAACAUAACAAAUGGACUUGGUCACAAGAUUGCUUUAGAUUUCCUCUCUUUCCUCUUUAACCAUUCUGAUAAAUUCUCCUGUCUCCUAUCCUCCCUUCCCCCUUAUUCUACAAAUGGGAACAGCUGCGCCAACACACACACACACACACACAUGCACACACACACACACACGCACUUACAUGUACCAUGUACCAUGCCGCACACACACACACAUACACACACACACAUAUAUGCUCAGUCAGAAGAUAUUCAGGGAGGGCGGUGAUGGGACCGUUUCGCUGUGUUGUGCACCUGGGACUGCUUUGGACUGUGUGCAUCCAUCUGCACAUGCGUGUCUCAUGACCACCAGCAAAGAAUGGAGGGAGAAGAAAAGAGGAGAAGGCGAUUCAAAAUGGCGGAAGGAAAAGAGGAGAAGGCAGAGCUCCUCAGUCCUGCUGAUAUUGUCCUGUCGAGUGCCACUGUUUGGUUGUGCUGCUGCUCCGUCGUGCUUCUCAGUGUUGCUGUGUUAACUGUGUGUGUGUGUGUGUGUGUGUGUGUGUGUGUGUGUGUGUGUGUGUGUGUGUCCUUGAUGAGUGAGUGUGUGCUAGAUGCGCAGGUGUUCAUGUGUCUGUGUGAGCUGUGGGGUGGAGGUCUCCGAGGCACGCCAGGCCCCCCCCCUCACACUCGCCCUGACUGCUCUUACCUUGCAGCCAUAGUGCCAUCUACAGGCCACUGUAUAUACUGUUAAUACAUAGAUAUUAUUUAAGGAGAAAAUACUGUAUAGGCUGCACCAAAAAAAAGAACAACUAUACAGUUUUAAAGCAGGACAUCAACAAAAUAUCCUACCUUUUGUUUUUGCCUGUGCUGGGUGUGAGAGUCACAUAAUCAAAAUACUUAAAAGCAAAACUCUAUCCAGCCCUUUUUGUUGAUGUUUGUUGUUUUGGGAAAGAUUCUAUUUGCCUUAUCAUUUUUUUUAUUUGCUCUGGUUCAUAAAUGUGGAGCACUUUUCUUGUGGAAGAAGCUCGGAGCGUGUGCAGGUGUGCAGCCGAAAGCAUUUAGACUCUUCGUUAGGUUCCUUAGACACGUAGACACGCGGCUUGUCUGUCGCCGGCGUCGAUCAUUCAGUCGUCUGGUGUUGCCCGAUGUGCGGGUUAUUUCAUUACUCUGGCACAUGUCAGGUUUUAGUCACGUCCCCAUGGCAACGAAGCCUGGGGGUCGGUGAGGAGUGGAGCAGGCAUUGUUGUCAUAGUAACUCAGCCAGGUGACCACAAACACGUUUCAGUGUUUUUUUUUUUGUUUGUUUGUUUGUUUUUUUGGCAAGGUUGUUAAAGACAAUCCUGUCAAAGGUGUGUGCUUGUGUGUGUGACCUUGAUGCUAAAUUGUGGUGAUGUGCUGCUGCCCUUACACACUGGUGUGGUUGCAGACCACAUAGCCAAUGGUUUGAUGCCAGUCUUUGACAUUACAGAGAAAAAUGUCACUAACUGUAUUAACUAUCGGGGCCUAUGAGGGCAUCUUGGGGCCUGAGGCCGAGCAUGGAAGACCACCCUGUCCUUAAGGAACCAGCUUGGGGGUUUUGACUUUGGAACAGAUGAGGCUGACUGUUGGGCGAUUUCACUGCCCACCUGAAGACCAUAACUGCAGAAUCUACAAUGUGGCAGCGUCAGUCAACAUUGCUCUUCUUAACCUAGUCACGCCUCACUUGGCUUUCUUGUCUUUUGUCAUCUAUCCAGAGGCAUCAUGGAACGAAGUCUCACAAUCUCGCGUUUUGUGCCGUGAUUGAUAAAGAGCUAUAGUGACUCCAGCUGCAGCUAUAGAAGGGUCAGGAUGGAGUCAAGGGUUGUGACCUCUAGUGCUGAUGAUGUUUGAUGCAUGGAGCCACAAGUAAUUCUGGGUAACACUCAGAGUCUGAUGACAUAUUCACACCAGACAGUGUCCGAGGAUACUGUCUAAAAAAUGGUGCUCGUGGUAGAAAAGGCCAAGUCAGGUUCUCCAUCCAUGAGAGUGUUGAGGCUGGGAGAAGUCAGAAACUGUGCACUGUGUUUAUCAUCACCUCAGGUGUAGCUGUCUCUCCAGUGUAAUGAAAUAAUGUCUGGGCUCGUCAAGGACCCAGAGGAAGUUGGUGUGCUUUUUUUUUGGUCUGUGUACAUGUGGUAACGUAUCUUGAGAGUAAGGCACUUUGUUUUUUGUUUGUUUGUUUGUAUUGAAGUGUGUCUGUGCUCGGUCUGAAAAGUUGGCGGGUGCAAAACAUAAAAUGUGAAGACUGCUCUUGCCUGUGCUUGUUGCUCUGUGCCCCAUGUAAUGCAUCUGAUUCUACCCUCUAUUUAUUUGGCAAAUUAUCUUUGUUUUUCCCCCCAUGAUUUCAUUUAUUUUUUUAAAGGACUGUAGGUAAUUAAAUUAUUCAGCGACUAGAGGCUGGAAGGGAAUCAUAGCCUUUGUGACUUUCACACUAAAACAGGACCUCUGCUUUAGUCACGUGAUUCUUUAAGGGUUAAAAAUGACAAUUGACACUUUUUUUUGUUUGUUUGUACAUUACUCCAUUAGCAUCCAGCACCACAGAUUGUAUUUAGAGUAAUUAUUUAAAUGAGAAGAAUAUGUAUGCAUUACACAAUUGAAAAUAUACUUAUGUUUUAAAAGGA